AGAAGAUGACGCAAUGCAGGAUGCGGGAGAGAGAAUAUGGCGAUUUGCGAUGCGAUGCGACGAUGCGACAAGGAAUCGCACGCAGACAGUGACGCGCGCGCAAAGUUGUCCGUCCGUCACAGCUCAGACGGGAGAUACCAACACACUUCAGUCAAUAUUUAUGACGUUUUCUGUUUGACUGGGUGAG